AUGUUUAGAGGUUUUGCAGACUUGAUGGAUGGCCGUGAUAGAAGCCGAGCUAUGUCAACUCGACCUGAACCAAAUCCCAUCUUCAACUCUCCUCUUCCCAUUCAAGCACCAUCAGGUUGCCUUCUCAAUGGAGACAAUCAAAAGCUACUUGGUGUUACCAAUAACACCAACAUCAAGUUAAAGGGUGACGGUAAUGGAGCGUUUACGCUUGGCGACUUCAAAUAA